AUAUGCCGAAGGCUAAGAAUGUGUUUCGCUCUUUCGAGAGACCUCUCCUCAGACUAGUACGCAGCUCUUCGCAUCUCCUCAUUCAGACAGACAGAGCUUUCCCCCCGUGUAGCUUUAGCUAAAAAACUGCCAAGAUGCCUCGAUUGACGGCUCGCGUUCCCGUCACCUCCCUGCACGGCAACAUUCCGCUGACUUUACCUUUCAAGGGCGAAGAAAGUGUCGAAGCCAAUGCAGUAGCAGUGCAAGUGCUAGCACAGCUCGAUGCUUGUCUGGUUAGAGGUGAUUGGCAGUCAGACGAUUUUCAGAAUCUAUGGGUCGACGGCGAGGAUGCUUGGUUCAAGGACCACCUUGCAUUGACGGGCUCAGUGAGAACCAUUAGAAGAAGCUCGAGCAUCAAAAAGGCUUUUCAGACGCUCGUCCCUGCCCGCCGCGCUGCGAAUUUCGGACCUGAUGCCGCCUUCCAAGUCGGGGGCCCUGCACGAUUCGAGCGACUCAAUCCUGCCGUCGCUUGGAUCGACGCACCUUUCGUGUUCGACACGCGAGAUCCGGCUGCCAAAUGCGGAGGCUAUUUGAAACUCAUCAGGACCCAGAGCGGAGAGGAAGAGGCAAAGUGGAAGAUUUGGGUCUGGUUCUCCGCCCUGUUGGAGCUCAAGUGUAGUCCAUGGGGUCAUCCUGCGCGCAGCUCACCUCUGCCCGGCGUACAGCAAGGCAAUGCAGCUUCGCGAGGUCUGCCACCAAGCACCGUAGGAGGCGAGAGCGCACCUCUUGACCUGCUUGUCGUCGGCGCUGGAACAGCUGGGUUGAGCGCCCUCACAUGCGCAAGAGCACUCGGUCUGAUUGCUAUUGCAGUCGAUAAAGAUGCCCAAGUCGGACAUUUGUGGAAAAGCCGUUACAAGGCGCUGCACCUCCAUACCACCAAAGCCUUCAAUGCACUCCCUUUUGCUCCAUUCCCCGCACGAUACCCUGAUUUUGUGUCUGCGGAACAAUUCGGAACGUACUUGCAGAAUGACGUCGUCUCAGCACUCAAGUUGCCAGUGUACAGCGGCAUUCUCUACGACAAUGGCAAAUGGGACGACGCUCGGAAGUUUUGGGUGAUCUCGCUUGUGGACGUCGACACGGGCGAACGUGGGCAACUCUGCGCGAAGAACAUUGUCAUGGCCAACGGUCCCCUGCUUCCCGAACCUAGAAUUCCUACCGUCGCAGCUCGGGAGCAAUUCCGAGGAGAGACGGUGCAUUCCUCGGAAUUUACGGACGCGAAGCCGUGGGCCGGCAAGCGUUGCCUUGUCGUCGGCACUGGAGCUUCUGGCCACGAUAUCUCCUCAGCAUUGCAUCAUGCAGGUGCCUCGUCAGUCCACCUGGUCCAAAGAGGUCCGAACUUCAUCUUUCCCAUCGCUGCGCAAGAAGCCAUCAUCGGGCAGAUAUACAAUGAAAAAAUACCGAUCGAGAUGAGCGAUCUGAUGUGGAGCGCUAUGCCCUUGGGUGUUACACGAACCAUCACCGCAGCUGUUCUUGGCGCUGGAACGCAGCAAAUCGCCCCUACAUUGUUCCAGGAUCUGGAAGCGAAAGGCUUCCGCGUGGAGAGGGAAAAGGACUUCACUCAUUUCGCCCACGAGCGACAUGGCGGUCACUAUCAGGGCCACGAUUUUGAUCUGCUUACGAGCGGCAAGGUCAAGGUGCACUCUGCACCUGCCGGCAUCUCACAUUUCGACUCGGAUGCGCUGGUGUUCCAAGAUGGCACCUCACUGCAGGCAGAUUUGGUCGUAUGGGCGACCGGCUUCACGCGCAAAGGCUCGGUGCCUGAAUGGCUGGUGGAGAAGGGCCUCAUCGAUGCCGAGGCUGCGAAAGACGUGGAAGCGAUAGGGCAUGGCGUCGAUGAAGAAGGAGAGUGGCCGGGCAGAUGGACCGGAUCUGGACAUCCUGCUCUGUGGUUCACCGGUGCCGAGAUACAAGCAGCUCGCUACGGAGGCAAACUGAUUGCUCUUCAAAUUGCGAUGGAGAAGAACAGCGAGCUGCCGACGGCUUACCCUAGAGCGGAUGUUGCAGCUUACACCAACGGAGUCAACGGCUCUCAUUGAUG